AUCAAUUUAGUGUUUAGGAGUUGGAAUUUAAUUUAUGUAAUAGGAAUUGAAUCUCAUUUACUUACAAUUUCUAAACUGAUUUGAUUCCCUUUACUAUCUCAAUAUGAGAAUCCAGCAAUACGGUCACAACUGUGAUCUGUUACUGUAGAGUUGCUAACUAAAACCUGUGUCCAAACUCUAGAAGGUCACACACACAAUGUUUAUGCUGUAUGUUUCCAUCCCGAGCUUCCAAUAAUAAUGACAGGUUCAGAAGAUGGUACUGUCCGUAUAUGGCAUUCAACCACUUACAGACUUGAGAACACCUUGAACUAUGGACUUGAAAGGGUUUGGGCUGUUGGAUACAUGAAAGGUUCACGUCGGAUUGUUAUUGGCUAUGAUGAAGGAACCAUAAUGGUGAAAAUUGGACGUGAAGAGCCUGUAGCCAGCAUGGACAAUAGUGGAAAAAUUAUAUGGGCUAAACAUAAUGAAAUUCAAACUAUUAACAUCAAGAGUGUGGGAGCUGAUCAUGAGGUUUCUGAUGGAGAGAGGCUGCCUUUAGCAGUUAAAGAACUGGGAACAUGUGAUCUUUAUCUACAAGUUUCGUUUUUUAGUGAUGAUGAAGAGACUACUAGCACACCAAAAGCAGAUGCUCUUUUUAUUCCAAGGGAGAAUCCAAGAGCCCUGGUUAUUCGCCCUCUUAAACAAUGGCCUGGCAAAUCAUCUGCUGAAAAAUUAAAAAACGCAUCUUCUCGAGCACAAACAAACGGUGAUUACACUGGGUUUGCUUCUUCCCCUCCUUUAAAUGGUCGCUCUAUGGAAAACGGUAACAGUAAGAUGGAAGAUGGCUUUGACUUUAUCGUUAAAAACAAAGGCAUCAACAUUGAGGUGGCUUACCCAUAUCAGGCAACAGAUGGAACCUGCAACACCAAGGAAGAAGCUGUCUAUGCUGCCACCAUUACUGGGUAUGAAAACGUGCCAGCCAACAGUGAAUCCGCAUUGUUACAGGCAGUUGCUAAUCAACCCGUAUCAGUUGCCAUUGAUGCCAGUGGCAUGGGUUUCCAGUUCUAUUCAGGUGGCGUGUUUACUGGGGAUUUUGGAACUGAUCUUGACCAUGGUGUUACAAGCUUGUUGAAUCAAAUGGAGUUAUAUGUGGUUGUGUAUAUACUUGCAAUCUUAGGCUUGGAUAGUCUACAAGGAAUCAUGCUAGAUCAAGGCAGCUGUAUUGAUACAUGUUGUACUUUUUGCAGGAAGGUGUGGAUUGCAUAUAAGGAAUCAAGGUAUGAAAAGCUGCAACGGUGGGAUGAUGCCCUUAAAGCAUACACUACAAAAUCUGCUCAAGCAACAAGUCAACGUCUUAUCUUGGAUGCUACACUAGGUAAUUCAUAUUGUAGUGUAUUUAUUCCAAAUCCCAAAUUCUUUGGAUGGAGAAAAGGGUCACAAGAAUUAUCGGAGCAAGGGUUCAAUAUUAGUCUUAAAGAAGUAUGA